GGGAGGAGGAGGAAUGUGGAAGGCGGCGGCGCGCAGGCUGACAGGCGGCUCCUCUGGCGGGCUACGGCGGCGGCCGGAGCGUCUCCCCUUCGCCGAGGCUGCGCGCCCCCUCCUCGCUGUGCCCUGGGCCCCCGCGGGAUUGCGCGUCCUCCCGCCUCGUCCCUGAAGGGAAGGAACCGAGGCGGCAGCACCAGCGGCGGCGGCGCCCGGGAGCCACAGCCUUCGCGGCGCCCCCGUUCCUCCCCCGCCGCACCCCGCCCCGGCGAAAGAGGAGAGCGCGAGAGCCCGAGCCGCGGGCGGGCGGGAGGCGAAGAUGGCAGAGGCACCGGCCUCCCCGACCCCGCUCUCGCCUCUGGAAGUGGAGCUGGACCCUGAGUUCGAGCCCCAGAGCCGGCCACGCUCCUGUACGUGGCCCCUGCAGAGGCCGGAGCUCCAGGCGAGCCCGGCCAAGCCCUCGGGGGAGGCGGCCGCAGACUCCAUGAUCCCCGAGGAGGAGGACGAUGAAGACGACGAGGACGGCAGCGGUGGAAACGGCUCGGCUAUGGCGAUCGGCGGCGGCGGGAGCGGCACGCUGGGUUCAGGGCUGCUCCUUGAAGACGCAACAAGGCUGCUGGCUCCCGGAGGGCAGGACUCUGGGUCCGGGCAAGCCCCCGCGGCGGGCGCGCUGAGCGGGGGGACGCAGACGCCGCUGCAGCCUCAGCAGUCGCUGCCACCACCGCAGCCGGGGGCGGCUGGGGGCUCUGGGCAGCCAAGGAAAUGCUCGUCGCGCCGGAACGCUUGGGGGAACCUGUCCUACGCCGACUUGAUCACCCGCGCCAUCGAGAGCUCCCCGGACAAACGGCUCACCCUGUCCCAGAUCUACGAGUGGAUGGUGCGUUGCGUGCCCUACUUCAAGGAUAAGGGCGACAGCAACAGUUCGGCGGGCUGGAAGAACUCGAUCCGGCACAACCUGUCACUGCACAGCCGGUUCAUGCGAGUCCAGAAUGAGGGGACCGGCAAGAGUUCUUGGUGGAUCAUCAACCCUGACGGAGGAAAGAGCGGCAAGGCACCCCGGCGGCGGGCAGUCUCCAUGGACAACAGCAACAAGUAUACCAAGAGCCGUGGCCGUGCAGCCAAGAAGAAGGCAGCCCUGCAGACAGCCCCUGAGUCCGCAGAUGACAGCCCUUCCCAGCUCUCCAAGUGGCCUGGCAGCCCCACCUCACGCAGCAGUGAUGAGCUGGAUGCAUGGACGGAUUUCCGCUCACGCACCAAUUCCAAUGCCAGCACGGUCAGCGGCCGCCUGUCACCCAUCUUGGCAAGCACAGAGUUGGAUGACGUCCAGGAUGAUGAUGCACCUCUCUCCCCCAUGCUCUACAGCAGCUCAGCCAGCCUUUCACCCUCUGUAAGCAAGCCAUGCACCGUAGAGCUUCCACGGCUGACCGACAUGGCGGGCACCAUGAAUCUGAACGACGGGCUAGCUGACAACCUCAUGGACGACCUGCUGGACAACAUCACACUUCCGUCAUCCCAGCCAUCUCCCACUGGGGGACUUAUGCAGCAGAGCUCCAGCUUCCCAUACACCACCAAGGGCUCCGGCCUGGGUUCUCCAACCAGCUCCUUUAAUAGCACGGUGUUUGGACCUGCGUCUCUGAAUUCCCUACGCCAGUCUCCCAUGCAAACCAUCCAAGAGAACAAGCCGGCCACUUUCUCUUCCAUGUCACACUAUGGCAACCAGACACUUCAGGACCUGCUCACUUCAGACUCACUCAGCCACAGUGAUGUCAUGAUGACCCAGUCGGACCCCUUGAUGUCUCAGGCCAGCACUGCUGUGUCUGCCCAGAACUCACGCCGGAACGUGAUGCUUCGCAAUGACCCGAUGAUGUCCUUUGCCGCCCAGCCCAACCAAGGGAGUUUGGUUAAUCAGAACUUGCUCCACCACCAGCACCAAACCCAGGGUGCUCUUGGUGGCAGCCGUGCCUUGUCGAAUUCUGUCAGCAACAUGGGCUUGAGUGACUCCAGCAGCCUUGGGUCAGCCAAACACCAGCAGCAGUCUCCUGUCAGCCAGUCUAUGCAAACCCUCUCGGACUCUCUCUCAGGCUCUUCUUUGUACUCAACUAGUGCAAACCUUCCCGUUAUGGGCCAUGAGAAGUUCCCCAGUGAUUUGGACCUGGACAUAUUCAACGGGAGCUUGGAAUGUGACAUGGAGUCCAUUAUCCGUAGUGAACUCAUGGAUGCUGAUGGGUUGGAUUUUAACUUUGAUUCCCUCAUCUCCACACAGAACGUUGUUGGUUUGAACGUGGGGAACUUCACUGGUGCUAAGCAGGCCUCAUCUCAGAGCUGGGUGCCAGGCUGAAGGAUCACUGAGGAAAGGGGAAGUGGGCAAAGCAGACCCUCAAACUGACACAAGACCUACAAAGAAAAUCCUUUGCCAAAUCUGCUCUCAGCAAGUGGACAGUGAUACCGUUUACAGCUUACCACCUUUGUGAAUCCCACACCAUUCUCCUAACCCAGCAGAGACUGUUAAUGGUCCCUUGCCCCGGUGAAGCACUUACCCUUGGAACAGAACUCUAUAAAAGUAUGCAAAAUCUUCCUUGUACAGCGUGAUGAGACACCUGCCAGCGGAGGACGGCACCCAGUCAGCACCACCCACCUUUAGAGCACACCAUGAACCCCCGUUGGCGAUUCUGUGGUGUUUUCAUACUGCGAUGGUUUAUGGGAUGUUUUAACUGUUGUUUUUGUCUUUGUUUUCCUUUGGCUUACUCAGUUUUUCACAUGCAGUAACUUGCAGUAUUUUUUCUGUAAAAAUGUCAACUGUCUUUCCCCUGGCAAAUUUAAAAACAGAAAGAAAAUGUCGUACCAGUUACCAUUCCAGCUUUGGACAUCACAAGCUUUUGAGCCCAUGGAACUCCAUAAACUAACCUAUUACAUAAACUAAGGGGAAUUUUCUCUCUUCUUUUGUUUGGUAGAAAAUUAUCCUUUUCUAAAAACUGAACAAUGGCACAAUUGUUUGCUAUGCAUACCAGUCUAGGACUGAACCCUGCAUAGGCAAAACACGUGAAGUGCAGAGUCCGGCCCAGUAUAUUUUCAGUUCUGAGUAAGGGCAGUCUGUGGACGAGCCCCCCAGCACCUGGUCUGCACUUGCCAGAUUUAUAGGGGCUAUGGUCUCCUGACAGUAGCCUCAGCUAAUGCAGUGAAUGAACAGUGUUGGUUUGUUGGUUAGAAACUAGGCUCUUUUCAGCAAAGAAAUCAGCUUAGCAGUCCACUUAUUGCCAAAUGCCACUAAAGGAUUUAGUUUUAAGGAGAAA